AUGUUGACAACUUUAUCGCAACCCUGCUUUUUUGGAAUGAACGGAGGCCUGCCGGCGGGCACUGGCCUCCCCUCCAUCGCCUCGAUGCCGUCCGGAUCACUGCCCGGUGUCUCACUUCUGCCAUCUCCAAUCCCAUCCGGGCAUUUGUCAGUGUCCAGCUCGUCAUCUGGCAUGAACGGGCAACAAAAAUUUUCAUCAGUUUACAAACGGAUGGCGCAACGUCGAAAAGUGCCCGAGGGAGAGCUGUGUGCGGUGUGCUCGGAUCUCGCGACUGGAUAUCACUAUGGAGUGGCGAGUUGCAAUGGAUGUAAGACGUUUUUCCGACGGACGAUUGUCUCCGAGCAAACGUUUAUAUGCCAAUACGAUGGGAAAUGUGACGUGAAUAAAAAUAUUCGUUGCGCUUGUCGGCAUUGCCGUUUUAAUAAAUGUCUACAAGUGGGAAUGGACGCGAAAGCGAUCCAAAACGAUCGAGACAGAAUAGGACCGACGCGGAAAGCGGCAAAAGGAAGCUCGGGUAGCGACUCGGACAAUGCGGUGACGCCGAUUCGAAAUCAAGAUCAGGAAAUUGUCGAGAAUUUGACUCACGUUGAAGGGCUAUGCAAGGAAUUACGCCAUUGUGUUCUCCCCGAGGUAAACGGCGUGAAUCAAGCGCUCAUGUUCGACUGUUUACUGUUCAGGACGAAGGAAUUGAAGCAUGAUCCGACCACCGUAUUCAAAGAGUUCUACCCGGCGUCGAUGAACGACGUGCGGAUGUGGAAUAUCCGCGAGAUGCGAAUCUGCAUCGAAUGGGGGAAAACGUUUGAGGCGUUCAUGCGAUUGGCGAUCAAUGAUCAGUUGUCGCUGGUGCGCAAUUUUGCCUUCACCUUCAACCUUCUCAAUCGCGUUUUCUACUCGCCUGAUCAUGGGCCCGAUAAAAUCGUUUACCAGAAUGGAGCCUUCAUCUUGAGAGAACCACAACAACAGGUGCAACUCUCCGGUUGUCGUCUGAUCUACCCAAGGCAAAUGGACGAGAUCAUGAUACCAUUUCGAAAGCUGAACAUCACCGAAGCCGAGUUCGCCACGUUCAAAGCCGCCUUUUUCUUCAAUCCUGACGCCCUCGAUUUGUCACAAAAAGCGAAAGAAGAUGUGGCCGAGGAAAGGAACAAGUACUUGUCAGCGCUCUUCACCCUUAUCACGAACAAGUUGGGAAUCCCGGUCGGCGUGCAGAAAUAUGGCAGUUUAUUGAUGAUGACGGCUAGUAUACAGAAUAUCAUCGCGCAAAACGAGGAAAACAUGCAAGUGAUGGAGCUGUUCAAGAACUGGGAAGUCGAUCCGUUCGUCAGGGAACUAUGCAUGAAAAGAACA